CACGUCGAGAGUGACUUACGCACAAGCCUGAGAAGAAAAAUCUGUGGGCGUCACAGCUUCACUGGAUAUCACUUCUGAGGUCGACUUUCCACCCCUUGUACAUGCAGCAGUGCGUCCCCGGAAUUAGAUGGCGGACAAGUCCCAACUGACAGCUGCUUCCCGGCCCACCACCAGUAAGCAGCCAGUGAAGGAUUCCUCGAUGCUUUACGGCGGCAGUGAUGUGCCUAUCUAUCUUAUAAAGGAUACAGAACCCAAAGCCCAUGAAGUUCUUUCUAUAUUUGAACAUCCAGAACACGAGCGAAUAACAUUCACUCCACCAUGCAGACCAAAGGGUACGGAAGUGUACCUGAUCUCGACCGGUUGCGACCCCAACAAAAAGUGUAAGUAUUCAGCUCAUUAUUCAAGUCUGCAACUGUUUCAAGUCACUACAGAGCACUGAUACAAGAUCCUAUUUCUUUUCAGUUGACGUCCGAGCAGAUCAAUAUACAGUCAACUCUCGUUAAUCCGACACUUGUGG